UUUACCAUCCAUCCCACAAAGGAUAAAUAACAAAAAUGAAGUUUAUAUUUGCAACUUUGUUGUUUGUUUCCCUGGUUUUGAGCUCAUCUUUUGUCCAACUCUCCUUUGCCAAGCCCGUAGUACUUCCUCUUUCUACACUUGAUGGCCCUCCUCCACAGAGAAAAUUAUUAGGUUUCUGUGAUAGCAAGUGCGGGGAGAGGUGUGCCAAGGCUGGAGUCAAGGACUGGUGCUUGAAGUAUUGUGGGAUAUGCUGCCGAGAAUGCAACUGUGUUCCUUCAGGGACCUAUGGCAACAAGUCGGAAUGCCCUUGCUAUCGAGACAGGUUGAACUCCAAGGGCCAGCCCAAGUGCCCUUGGACACCUCAUCAGAUUCACCCUAAUCCAUCACCUGUGUCUUAUUAUAUAUAGUAUCGUAUUCCUUUGCCAGUAUCAGUUCGUCAGUUUAGGGUUGAUUCUGCCACCAUUCUCUGCCUUCCCAUCGGUUCUGAAUUCUGAUCCGCCACUUCUUUGGAAAGCAAUAUGCUGAUAGCUAUCGCCCAUUAAUUAUGUAUAAAUUUUAUAAUUAUUUCCUUCAAAUAAAU